UUCAUAGUUGACUAGCCGUUGUAGCUUUUGUUUGUGUGUAGUGUUGGUGGUUGCGUUCUAAUCAUGUCGAAGUUCAUGCGCCACGUGCGUCGGUAUCACGAUUAAUGAAAAACCAUGGUGAAGAACAUGUGGAUUUUUGGCCGUCCCAACAAGGCGGUGAUCGUAUUUGUUGCGGGAGUAGUGACCACAGAAGUAUUGUGGCAAUUGUAUAAAAGAACUCGAAGUAAAACGUCCCCAAAGAGCAUCAACGAGGUUCUUUUUUUCUCUGAAGAGUCAUCCAAGUGUCGUAUGCACGCCGUCUCUAGGACACCUUGCGGCCGUUCCAACUGUUCGGUUACACAAUUGAGGAAACUAUGCGCAUAUUUGGAAUCUGCUCAGCAAAAUCUAGAUGUUUGCAUGUAUCUAUUUAGCUGCGAGGAUCUAGCCGCAGCAAUAGCCAAGGUGUUUUAUCGUGGAGUAGUUGUCAGAAUUAUCGUUGAUGGAGGAAUGGCCGAAAAUACUGCAUGUGACCGUCGCAUACGAGCUUUUCGAAAAACAGGUAUUCGAGUGAGGAUGAAGAAGUCGGAAUACUUAAUGCAUCACAAGUUUGCGAUAAUUGAUAAGAAGCUGAUUUUGACGGGCAGUACAAAUUGGACGAUGCAAGCGAUGCACGGAAACUGGGACAACGUCAUAGUUUCGAAUCAACUCGCCCUCGUCAAGCCGUUCAUUGCAGAAUUCGACAGAAUGUGGACUGCGCUCACCACCGGCGAAGACUGGCAAUCAUAAACUCAUCUCGUUCAAGCGUGUACGGUAACGAAGUACAGAAGAACUUGAAAAAAAAACAGUUCGAUAGAUAAAAUUAAACAAUUCGGUUUAAACACUGAUUCCUAGUCGUUUUGAGACUGGAUUUCCUGCUGGGAAUGAAGCCACCGUUUACAAUUGAUGGACCGCCUUAAUCUGAAGUACAAAACGCGAAGUAGCGAUUUAAGAUAGUAAACUAAUCAUAUUCAAGAAUUAUUCCGAGCGAUAUUGAUUAUUUAAACGCAUUUCGAUUCAGAUUCGAAUCUCAUCGGGCUAAUUGUAAGUGGAGGGAUUAUACUAAUUGUAAAAAGAACACGUGCAUGUGAAAUGCGUAGAUUUACCAAUCACUCCAACAAAAUUACAUCAGUUGAAGAUCUCUGAUAAGGCUUGAGUGAAUAUGAAACUAUCAUACAGAUGAUAUCCAUGCAGCCUAGCAGAGAAUCGGCUUUGACUGAUAUUAGGCCUUAAGACGACUUCGAGCCAUCUCUAAAAGUGGCUUUAAGACCUAAUAUUACCGAUGAUUUUGUAAUAGAUGAGUAGGUAUAGGUCAAAAGAUUCCUGCGUCACACCUCAUCUUCCACAAACUUUACGUCACGAUCUUCUAAACGGAUGCCUCAGUUUUUCCCACCGAAAUACUCGAGGAGCAGGCAGACAAAUUUGCACUGUUUUUGAUCUUUGCAGAUGAUUUAACUUUGAGAAAAGUUGAGUCUUCGUCUGAACUCGGUGUAAAUAUGGCGAUGACGUACUUUUCGCUAUUCAUGAGGAACACACAAUCGUAAUUUACCGUCCGGAUGAUGCUUAUGACUUAUAGACGUAAUGCACGCGUGCGCGAUGUGGCGCAUAAGGGUGGCGUCAUUUGCGGAUGUAUGCGUUGACCUUUUCAUCUGAAAAAUAACCCCGACCUUCGGUAUAACUAGUUGGACUAAUUAGCCGUAAGUUCAACCACGUGGCCCUGCUGAUCCGUCAAACUUGUGCCUUUAAAAAUCAGCAUUACGUACAAAUAUUUUUUUAACUGUACAACUUGUGUUCGUACAAUUUUUAGCUGUACUCGUGUACUUUAAAAAUUUUAGGUCAUCGAACGUGAGGCAAAUAUAUUUCAUACCUGAAUAAGAUCGAAAUAUCUAUCGAUUGUUUAAGCAAAAUGUUGUAUUUUUGAAGACUAGUAAAUUUUUCAAUCAAUUAUUUUAACGCAAUUAAGUUUCAUUGCGUACAUUAUUCUUAUUAUGAUUUUAUGACGUUCUCUUUCGAGAAAAUU